AUGGCGAAGAAACUCCGCCGACUGCCGUCGCAUAUCCACUAUUGCCACCUUUGCUUUGACUGGGUAGUCGGAGAGGACGAAUGGGAGUCACAUUGUGCCUCACACCUCUCAUCGCUGGCCACGAAAAGAUGCGGAACGCUCUCAUAUGGCUACACACUCGUCCGUCCUGCCUAUUCUCCAUUUCGCCUCGGAAAGAAAGGGUUGCCUGCCGCUGAUCGAUUACAAUCGUGGAGUCGAGACUUCGACCUCUGGAAAGAGGUGAACAAGGAAAUACGGAGAUGCCGCUGGCCGAUGCGAAAAUCAUCGAGCAGUUCUGGCGCCUCCAAGUGGAUGCCAGCACAGUCGCUCGACUCAAUGACCGCAACUCCGGAAGAGCGAUCGCCCGACUGUCCCCUUAAGCGGAAAAAGCAGAAACGACAGACUUCUUCCCCUCCGACCAUCUGUCCCGAAGUUAUUGUCAUCGACGAAGAUGUCUCUGAUGAUUACGCUGCCCCUUUGACCUACUUCGUCGAGAGUUAG